UAUCCAUCACCUGUUCAUUCAUUCAUCUCGAUCCCUAGCUAGAUCGCAGUUUCGCUAGCUCUUAGCUAAUUAAUCGUCCAUCAAACUUGGCGUGUGAUUGAUUGGGUGAUCAUUUUGGUCCUGGGAAUUAAGAUAGGUGUUUUGUUGAUUGGUUUCUUUGAUUUGAUUUGAUUGGGAGUAGCUAGCUUAAUUAGCUAGCUGAGAGAGGAGAGGAGGUAGAAGGUAGCUUGGUAGGGGAAGAUGAGGGCUGGGGGGUGCACGGUGCAGCAGGCGCUGACGGUGGAGGCGGCGGCGGUGGUGAAGCAGGCGGUGAGCCUGGCGCGGCGGCGAGGGAACGCGCAGGUGACGCCGCUGCACGUGGCGAGCGCGAUGCUGCAGGGCGGGGCGGGGGCGGCGACGGCGGGGCUCCUCCGCGCGGCGUGCCUCCGGUCGCACUCGCACCCGCUGCAGUGCAAGGCCCUGGAGCUCUGCUUCAACGUCGCGCUCAACCGCCUCCCGGCCUCCGCCGGGGCGUCGCCGCUGCUCGGCCACGGCCACGGCCACCAUGUCUACUACCCGCCGUCGCUCUCCAACGCGCUCGUCGCCGCGUUCAAGCGCGCCCAGGCGCACCAGAGGCGGGGCUCCGUCGAGACCCAGCAGCAGCCGGUGCUCGCCGUCAAGAUCGAGCUCGAGCAGCUCGUCAUCUCCAUCCUCGACGAUCCCAGCGUCAGCCGCGUCAUGCGCGAGGCCGGCUUCUCCAGCACCCAGGUCAAGGCCAACGUCGAGCAGGCCGUCUCGUCCCUCGAGGCGAGCAAGCCAUGCACCGCCACCGCUGCGGCCCAAAACCCUAACCCUAACGGCUCGGCUGCCGGUAGCUCGCCCGUUCAAGAGGCCAAACCUAGCAGGAUGCCGCUCGAUCAGGUCCGUGAGGAGGACAUCGCGGCCAUCCUGGACUGCCUGGCAAACCGGGGCAAGAAGCGGAUCAUGGUCGUCGCCGAGUGCGCGGCCGCGGCCGAGGCGGCGGCGCGGGCGGCUGUGGACAGAAUCAAGCGCGGCGAGGCGAGGCACCAGCAGCACGACGCCCUUCGAGCCGCGCAGGUGGUCACCCUCAGCGUGUCCAGGUUCCGCGGCGCGCCGAGGGAGGAGGCGGAGCGGCGGCUCGCGGAGCUCCGGUGCGUCGUCAAGGGCGCCGGCGCCGGCGGCAACGUUAACGGCCGGGCGGUGGUGCUCGCCGUGGAGGACCUCGCGUGGGCGGCCGAGUUCUGGGCUGGGCGCGUGGGAAGGAGGCCCGCCUGCGGCUACUACUACUGCGCCGUGGAGCACGCCGUGGCGGAGGUGCGAGCCCUGGCGUGCCACGGCGGCGUCUGGCUCGUCGGCCACGGCACGUACCAGACCAACAUGCGGUGCCGGGAGGGGCACCCCUCGCUGGAGAGCCUCUGGGGCCUCCAGACGCUCGCCGUCCCCGCCGGCAGCCUCGACCUCAGCCUCACCUGCGCCGACGCCGACGCCGGAGACGCCGACAGUGGUGCAAUGGCAAUGGCAGCGGUCAAUCAGCAGUCGGCGAAAGCGAGGUGUGACAGAGGCGGGAGCGGAUCGACGUCGCCUUGCCUGUCACUUUUGGACGCUGCAGGUGCCGCCUGCUGCGGCGAUUGCGCCGCAGCCAAAGCACUGCCGCAGUCAGUCUUGCCGCCGCCGACGACGACGAGCAUCCCUCCGUGGAUGCAGCACCUCCAUUGCCGCGAUCCGCAGGAGACUGCUCAUAUGAAGAAAUGGAUGUCGGCGCAUGGCGGCUCGCCGUCGCGCAGGACGGCUCUGAACAUCUCCACGGUGGUGUCGCCGUGCUCCUCCGUGUCAUCCUACGAGCAGUACUACCCGUUGCACCAGCCCUACCAGCCAUGGCUCGUCGCGGACGACGAUGAUGCCCAAGAGGCGAAGCAGCACCCUUGGAAAUCCAGGUGCAGGGGCGACGUCGUGGCCGUGGGCGGCGCCGACGAUGGCGGCAAGCUUCUUCUUCUUCCCGCCGUCAAGGUCAAGUCCCACGACUCGAGCGCCUCCAAUGGCUCCGUGGAGGUGGAGUGCCGGUCCAGGUUCAAGGAGGUCAGCGCCGAGAACCUCAAGGUGCUGUGCGGCGCGCUGGAGAAGGAGGUGCCGUGGCAGAAGGAGAUCGUGCCGGAGAUCGCCAGCACGGUUCUCCGGUGCCGGUCGGGCAUGGCGAAGAGAUCGCGUGUCAAUGACGCCUCGUCGAAGACAUCGGCGAGCUCCAAGGAGCACACGUGGAUGCUCUUCCUCGGCGGCGACAUGGAUGGCAAGGUGAGGGUGGCGAGGGAGCUGGCGAGCCUCGUCUUCGGCUCACCGAAGAGCUUCGUGUCCAUCGGCGCCGCGUCGUCGUCGCCGGCACGGUCGGACAACUCAACCGAGCAGCUGCACCGGAGCAAGCGGCCAAGGCCAGAGACGACGACGAGCGGGCGGGACAAUGACCACCUCGAGGCGCUCUACGACGCCGUGCGCGACAACCCGCGGCGCGUCAUUCUCAUCGAGCACGUCGACAAGGCCGACCGGCGCUGCCAGACGGGCAUAAGGGAGGCCAUCGAAAGCGGCGUGGUGCGGAGCCGCCGCGACGGCGGAGAGGAUGCCGUCCUCGGAGACGCCAUCGUCGUCCUCAGCUGCGAGAGCUUGAGCUCAAGCUCGACGACGGCGUCCUCCCCGCCGGCGAUGAUCAAGAAGGCCAAGACAGACAGCAGCACUAGCGGGGAGGAGCUCAACGUGGAUGACGAUCACCAGCGCAAGGCGGCCGCGUCGUCGUCGUCGUCCUGCUUCGAUCUGAACAUGAGCGUGGAGGACGACGAGGCGGCGGAGGAGCGUUGCUCCGGCGAAGAAGCCGGCAAGCUGCUGCUCAAGGCAGUGGACAGGGUGCUGGUGUUCAGAUCAAUUGAGGAAUUGUGAUCAUAUCAAUAAUCUCUUUGGUGAAAUUUUCUUGGGGUGGCUCUUGAUCAUUAAUGCGCGAGAAUUUGAUCAAUGUAUGGAUUGUCAUGUAGUUUUGCUGGCGUGCAUGUUUAAUUAUUUGUAGUUCUCCUUAUAUUUUUAUUUGUUUUGUCAAUCUUUGGAGAUCAGGAGAUUGGAUGGGA